UAUUUUUUUUCCCCCCCCCAGAUUUCUGGAUAAGACACUAGGAGUUCUCAACGAACACUUUACUACUCACAGUCAGGAAGAUGCAGUUGAAUUUCUCACCGAGUUUCUCACUGCUUUACGCGAAGAAUUUUAUCGACUAAUGUGCAGUAAUGAAGUAUAUGUUGCACUUAAAGACAGCUGUCGACAAGAACAGAACAGCAAUAAUGCAAGUGACAUGAACACUUGUCCAAAAGGUGAAAGCAGCAUGCACAUCCAACUGCAAAAUCCUGUCAGUGAGAAUAUCAUUUUCAAGCUAAAGGAGAUCCAGUCAUGCAUGAUGUGCUCCAAACAAGAAAGCAAAGAGACAGAGCACUUGACCCUAAUUGUAAAUAUUCCUUCAGAAACACUCAGAGAAAUCACACUGCAAGAAGCGCUGGAAAGUUGCAUGAUGACUGAAAUAAGAGAACUAAAAUGUGCGCAAUGUGAGAGUGAGCAAUGCAGAGUAAAGACUGUGUUCACUCUUCUUCCAAGGUUCUUAGUGCUACAUGUGAACCGGUUUGAAAUGCAAAAUAAUGUUAUUAAGAAACUGUGUAAGUACUUGAAGAUACCUAUAACCCUGACAGUGAGAAAUGUGAUUAGUGAAUCUGAAAUGAUGAUGCCUCGGCAGUGGAUGUCAGCUAAUAAUAAAAGAUUUUCUUGGCCAGAGGAGAGAGAUACGGGUUCCUCUUCAUCUCGAAGGAACAACGAAGAUGAAAAAUUUCAGCAUACAGUGCAACUUAGUACAGAAGAUCUAAAUGCUAUAAAGAAUAAGCAAGAGUACACACUGCUAGCCAUCAUAUCACACAAAGGUGAUACUCCUAAUUCUGGUCAUUAUGAAGCAGAUGUUUAUAAUCUGACAACCAGAAAAUGGAAUCAUUACAAUGAUGAAAUUGUAACCAGCAGAAUGGAGGAGGAAGUAACCAGCUUCUCUCAACAAGAAAAUGGUUAUGCUUUCCUGUACAUGUACAAGCCACUUUUCAGUCAGCUAGUAAAUGAACAAAUGAUGUCAAGAAACUUUGAAAAUGAAUGAAGAUGCAUCCUGUAUGUGGAUUAAGGAUUUAUUUGCAAUCAUGCUGUUGUUAUGGGUAUUAAGAUAGUAUAAAUCAUUCUGAAAUUUGUAUCGUGCAUCUUUGUGCAUUAAAGGCUAAUUUCCUACAUACAAUGAUGUGAUAUACUGUAUGGCACCAUUUUAGUGUGUCCUUCAUUCAUUCCUCUCUGAUGGGUUAAAAGAGAGUGAUUCCUAUUCUAGUGCACAAAAUCCUUGUUUUAUGAAAGGGGUCUGUUCCUCAAAAUUUGUUUGUAGAGCAAAAAUCUGUUAAAUGGAAAUGAAUUUCCUAUGAAUUUAAAGACAAUAGUUAGCAGAGGAGAUACUUAAAAACAAUGGAUAAUCUGAAUACUGGUAUCUAGUGAAUUCUAUAUAAAUUUACAAUCUGUGAAGUAGGCAUGCAUGAAGUGCAAUAAAA